AUGCAGAUUCACUGUGCAGACAACCCAGCUACAUUCCCAGACACGGAGCAGUCUGUCUCUGAAAUCAUGACUUCCAUCGGCUUUGACCCUUAUUUUCCUUCCACUUACAAGAGGAAAGUGGCUGUGCGCAGUGCAGGUUAUGGAGGAGGUGGAGGAAUUGGAUCUAGGUCUGCAUACUCAAGCUACUCUGCCCCAAUAUCUUCCUAUGCAUCCUCGCGCAGAAGUUAUCCAGCCUACUCAAGAGUUAACUCCAGCUACUCUUCUGCGCUUUCUGCUCCGGUGUCUGCAGCUGCAACUGAGCUACGCCUUGAGCAAGCAGCCCAGGUCAGCUCUGAGUUCAAAACCUUGAGGACCCAGGAGAAGGCUGAGCUGCAGGGCCUGAAUGACCGCUUUGUAAACUUCAUUGACCGGGUCCAUGAGUUGGAGCAGCAGAACAAGUUGCUGGAGACUGAGCUUCUGCUGCUCAGGCAGAGGCAGACAGAGCCAUCCAACAUCCGAGCCCUGUAUGACCAUGAGCUCCGCCAGCUCCAUGCCGCUGUGGAAGAUGCUCGCCAUGAGAAGCAAGCUGCCCAAGAUCGCAGGGAUGAGAUGAAGGAUGUGCUGAGAAACCUGGAAAAAUGCUACGAGGAUGAAGUGAUGGGGAGAGCAGAAGCAGAGGGAAGGCUGCUCGAUGCCAGAAAGGGAACAGAUGAUGCUGCCCUGAUCCAGGCCGAGCUCGAGAAAAGAGUCAGUACCCUGCUGGAUGAGCUGGCCUUCCUGAAGCGCCUCUGCGAGAGUGAAAUUGCAGAGCUGCAGGCCCAAAUCCGUUACAGCGCUGAGGUGUCGGUGGAGAUGGAGGUUGCCAAACCUGACCUGUCUGCCGCUCUACGGGACAUCCGGGUGCAGUAUGAAAAGCUGGCACAACACAACCUGCAGUCAGCUGAAGAGUGGUUCUGCAACAAGAUGAAUGUGAUGACAGUUGGCUCCGCUCGCAACACUGAGAGCAUAAAAAAAGGCAAAGACGAGGCUGGAGAAUACCGCCGGCUCCUCAAAGCCAGGAUGCUGGAGAUUGAUGCCGGCCGUGACAUGAACCAUGCUCUUGAAAAUCAACUGCAGGAAGUGGAGGAAAAACAGAGUGCUGAGAUCUCUGCACUGCAGGAUGCAAUUAGUCAGCUGGAGGACGAGUUGAGGGCAAACAAGAAUGACAUGGCUCGCUAUUUGAAAGAUUAUCAGGACCUCUUGAAUGUGAAGAUGGCCUUGGAUAUUGAAAUAGCAGCCUACAGGAAGCUCCUUGAAGGAGAAGAGAGCCGUUUCAAUGUGGCGAGCCCCGGAUCCAUCAGUGUUUACUCCCAGGCCAUGUAUGGUGCUCCAUCGUAUGGAAGAACACAGAUCUCCAUGCAGUCUCAGCUGAGAUCGGCACCGCCUUACCUGCAGAGCUCCCGUUAUUAUUCUCCAUCCUUCUCCACAGAGGAGACAAUAUCUGCAAGCCAAGCACAUCAAGCUGAGGCCAGCCCUCCUCAAGAAGAGGAGGAAGAGCAGGUGGAAGAGGAAGAGGUGGAGGAUCAGGUGGAAAAAGAAGAAAAGGAGGAGGAAGAGGAGCACGGAGAAGAAGAGAAGGAGGAGGAAGAGGAGGGAGAGGAGCAGGGAGAGGAAGGGGAGGAAGAGAUGGAGGAAAAGAAGGAGGGAGAGGAAGAACCAGAUGAACAAGGUGAUGAAGAGGGGGAAGCAGAGGAUGAAGCCAAGGAAGACGAGGCGCAAGGAGGAGAGGAGAGCCAACCUGAGGAAGAGGAUGAUGCUGAGCAGAAGGAGGAAGAGGGUGAUGAAGAGAGUGAGAAGAAGGAGCUAGAAACUGAGAAAAAAGAGGUGGUGGAGAAAGCAACAGAUAAAAAAGUUUAAAUGUACCUGCUUUAUAAAAAGAAAAACACCUGCUAGCUUGCAGCUAAAGGAAAUCCGUCACAGAGAUGCUGUUGCGACCAAAUUAGAAUAUCUCCAAAUAAGUGAACCUCACCUGAAUAUGAUUAAUCUGAUUGAUACAUUGCAUGUACGCACACAUGCAGACGUGCAAAGAAACAACUUAAAAGCAAAUCAACUAAUUGAAAAAACACGGAUAUGUCUGGAGUAGAAUUUCUGCUUUGUGGAGAUUUGUUUGCAAACAUCUGUGUGUGUUACUUCCAUCAAUAACACGCCUGUACGAGUUUCUGUUUAUGCAAUACCAAGUUUGAAAUGCCUUAAACUUCAAGUCCUCACUGUGUGACCAUGAUGUGCUGCCUUGAUUUCCAAUAAAGCCUUGAAGCCUUGUCAACCAUAGAG